AUGCCGGACUCUAUCCGCCGAUGUUCCAAUCCAACUACCGUCCGGGCCUGCGUCAACUGUCAGAAGCGCAAGAGCCGAUGUAUGAGAGGCAGCGCAGUCAACGACCCAUGUUCAUACUGCGCCAAAACGGGCAAGACGUGCAGCUUUGAGAAGCCCCCUGAUCGGACGCCUCUGACCCGAAAGAAUCUCGACGAAGCUCAGCUCCGAUGCAAGCAGCUCCAGAGUCUCAUCAGGUCAUUGAACCCGGAGCUCAACAUAAACUCAGCCAUUGAAGAGACACAGGUCCGGCAAGAGCUAGAAGGGCAUGAAGAUGAUGGCGGCGGCAGCUCGUCACAUUCCCCGCCUGGAGACUCAGAUGAAGUCACACCUCACAGCUACGAAUGGCACGAGGGAUCGCUGUCGCCAGAGUUCAAGUCUUCAGCCCACGAGAAUGACGGAAUGGCUAUGCUGCCAACCCACGACUCUGGUUACUUAGGAAGCAGUUCAGGUUCUCAGCUGCUUGGAGAGAUUGACUCUGUGAUCCACGUCGCGCAUCCAGCCACUCAGCACCAUACAUCGUAUCGUAAAAGACAGCGUAGAUCGUCCAGUUCAGCCGGGUUUGCGGUACCUGAACCCUUCGAUCUGCCAUCGUCAUAUAUCGCUGGCCGGUUGAUCGACGCCUACUUCCUACUCUACAACACCUCCUACCCGGUGCUCCAUGAGCGGACAUUCAGGGAGAGAGUCGACGCAGGGCGCCGUCAACGCCUCACAACCUCGCCAUGGCGUGUCGCCUAUCAGAUGGUUUUGGCCAUCGGCCACUGGCUCUCUAGCACUGAGUCGGAGCAUCUGCAGUCGAGCUACUACAGCGCAGCGCGGUCCAGUCUGUCUCUUCAGAUGCUUGAGUCCGGCACAAUCGAGACAGUUCAGGCCUUUUUGCUUAUGAGCAACUACCUACAGAAGAGAGAUAGGACUAAUACUGGCUACAACUUCAGUGGAUUAGCGUACAGAAUGGCGUUAGGUCUAGGCCUUCAUCGUGAACCUCCGGGGUUAGAGGACACUUUGGGACAUGAGCGGCGACGGCAGCUCUUCUGGACUAUCUACUGUUUCGAGAGUGGGUUCAACAUAACCACCGGAAGGCCGCCUGCAAUGUCGGAAGAUUUUAUAGAUACCCGGGUUCCUCAAAAUAUCGACGAUAAGGUGUGUUUCUCUUUCUAUCCUUUUAUUCCGAUCCGCUAA